AUGCAAAGUAUUCCAAAUGUCCCUCUCCCCGGCCACAACAUCCAGCUCCUCCUGAGGGACACCGAGGCGUUCUCCGGCCACGUGAGAGAUAUAAUAGUGUUCUGGGUCUUCCCCGGGGCCUCCAACCAGGUGGACAUGCCCGGAACACCUCCAAUGGGAGAUAUCAGCUCUCACGUCACCAUCACCACAAAGACGUUCCUGCGCUACACACAACUCAAAGCUUUAUUGAGUAGCAUCCGGCGUUUCUAUAGCAACAUAAAAGUCAUCAUUGCAGACGACAGCUUUGAACCAGAGCACAUGACUAAAGAACAUAUUGAACAGUACUUCAUGCCUCCAGCACAGCCGUUCUCUCGUGUCUCUGAUCUUCAGGUGGGCGGCACAGUACAAGGGAACCAGUUUUAUUUCUCCAUUCUCUAUGAGGAAGGAGAAGAAAUGGAAGGUGGCUGUCUGCACAGGAAAUCUAAAAAGAAGUUUAGCUCACUUCCUGGUUAUCCACAAUGCUCUCUGACCAGUGGGGUGGUCAACUUCUUCCUAGCACGUACAGAUGCAGUCCAGAAGGUGGGAUUCGACCCUAAGCUCCAGAGGGUAGCACACUCAGAGUUCUUCAUGGACGGCCUGGGCUCCUUGCUGGUUGCCACAUGUAACCACGUGUCUAUUGGCCAUCAGCGCAAACAAAACCAAUCCAAGUACCACCACUUCAGAUACCCUGCAAGGAGUGACGCAGAGUUCAAACUGCGGCUUUACUUCUUUAAGAACCACCUGAAGUGCAUCAAAUAUGGAUAGAAGACCACCAUAGGACACUGAGUUACAUAUUUCCCUGCACUUUUUAACAUAUGUAUCUCAUUUUUAUCUUUCUUCUCUGGUUUUUUAAUUGUUUGAUCCUUUGUGAUUAGUUUUGAAUGAAUUUGUUUUAUACAGUAUACAAUAAGCCACACAAGCAUAAUAUAAGUAUUUUAUUAGGCUUAUCUUUGGUGAGAUUUACCUAAAAACAAAAUGAAGUUCAUGGGAAGGCCAUUUUAUUUUUACUUUUAUAUGGUUGUUAUAAAUGGUUAAUAGAAAAACUUAAAUAAAGAAAUGACUUUUGAUCGUAUGCUAUUUUCUUGGAUUUUGAUUUAUAUAUAGUAUUUCAUUUCAUUAUUAGUAUAAAUGUAUUCUGAACAAAAAGUCUUGUGUCCAUCAUCUUCUUUGUAAAGCAGGUUAUAAAUUAAA